AUGCCGAUGAUCGAAGUUCUAGCAAACGAUAGGUUGGGUCGUAAAGUGAGGGUAAAGUGUUCACCGCAAGACACAAUUGGAGAUCUUAAAAAGCUUAUUGCUGCUCAAACUGGAACUCCGCCUGAAAAAAUCAUUUUGAAAAAAUGGUAUACGGUAUACAAAAACCACAUUACGCUUGCAGACUAUGAAAUCGCAGAUGGAUUCUCUUUUGAGAUGCAAUAA